AUGUUAGUUAAGAGCUAAAGCAGCAGGGUGAAGAUGUCAUGCAUGUCAAGACUGGAAUACAGCAGGUUCUUGAAAGUGUCAAGACUGAAUGUGUUAAGAAUGAGUUACGCCAGGCUGCUGAAGAUUUCAAGAUGGACGUAACCCAGACUGCUGAAAAGGUUAAGAAUCAGAUGCUUAAAGACGUCCAUGAAAUUCUACAGGGGAUCACUGACGACAAAGGUUGUAUUCCUAUUCUUAUAUGGGAUAUUAGCUCUUCACAAAUAGGGCAGCCAAUCAAAUUUCAAGAGCCCUCUUGCUCCCGAUCUGAAAGGAGGAGAUCGGUCUCGCAGCACCGGCAAAUGCACGAACCGCAACCUGUUGCAUCUGAAGGAAUAUCGAAUGAACACGCUCGAGAAAGUAGCCAGCCUUCGCCAGAAGAGCUUGAUAUCUGGGCAGUCAUAUCAUCAUUUGGGAAUUCUUUUAACUUAUUUUUCGAUUAUUUGUCUCAGACGCUGAGACUCAAUAUUUUUGGCUACGGGAUGGGAAGUUUGUUUAUAGCCGUUAAAUGCAGUUCAGCGGACAUUCUUGACGAAUUGUGGAAAGACUACAAAAGUGGUCAUCUGAACGAAGUUGCUGAAAAAAUUCUGAUAACAACUCAGGUUUUGGAAAAGCUAUGCCUUACGGAGGUGAAAUUAAAGACCAUUAUCAACGAGGGGCAUUACAAAAAAUGCAGAGAGUUCUUAGUGAGUCAGGAAACCAUUUUGCUUCAAGAGGAUGCAGCUGGGGACAUUGGUCUCCGCAGUGUUGGGAUCCACGAGGAAGUUUACCUCCCAGUUCCUGGAAUGCAAGCAGCAGCUGAACACGGCAUGGAAGACUUCUGGGACGAGGCAGCACAAGCCAGAAGGGUUACUGAGAUCGAAGAUGACUUCCAUUUUCAGUCAGAGAUGACGAGCGCCGGCGCCAAACUGGUGGUAGUGAACUAUGCAGCGAAAUGGUGUCCUUUUUCGAUAAUGAUCAAUCCGACAUUUUCCUCUCUGAGCAUUCAGUACCCAGCGGCAAAGUUUUUAAUUGUUGAUGUGGACAAAUGCGAGGAUAUAGCACUUAGAAAUGGGGUAACAUCCUCUCCAACAUUUCAGUUAUUCAAGGGGAACCAAACCAAAAAGAAGGUAGAUCAGGUAAACGGUGCAGAUGAAGAGUUGCUGGAGGAGAAAAUACAAAAGUGGAUAUCGAUAGAAGAUAGUGUGGUACCGGGAUACGUGAAUCUUCUCCAUUUCAUAAAGAGAGAUGAAUGCGAAUGUCUAAAUGGAGAUGAUGACUGCCACGUAUUAUCCAUACUGACCAAAGGACCAGAAUUCGUGGAGAGUGAAGUUGACGAAGAGUUGCUGGUGACAAUAGCCUUCAAUGAAGCAGUAAAACUUCACUCCCUCAAGAUACAAGGACCUGAUGACGGCAGAGGACCAAAGACUGUGAGAGUAUUUAUAAACCAAACUUAUACCAUGGGUUUUGACACUGCGAAACGCAGGGAAGCCAAACAAACCCUUGAGUUAACAGCUGACAAUAUAAGAGAGGGUUCCAUAAUUCCACUGUCGUUUGUCAAAUUUCAAAAUGUCUCAAGUUUGACGAGAGUUUGCGAAUGACGAUAUUGGAUGCCAUAGAAAAGUGAAUUAAAAAGAGAUGAGUAGGUUGACAAUGAGUAACUCCCGUGGACAAAACUACUUUUGUUAAGUUCGAAUUUGAGUUGGGUGUGUCUUGCUAAGCAGGGCCCGCCUCAAACGGCGAAAUUUCCAUAAUAAGAUCAUAAUUUCACUUUUGGUCGACUGAAAAGCCGAAACUAAACAACAAUGCAGUAUUGUACCAAAUUUGAAAAUUCGAUUCUAAGUUUUCUUUUUAUUGCCCCACUAGCUUUGGGCACAGAAAAAUCCGAGAUCCAAUUAGAUAAUUUGAAACAAUUCAAUAACCUCCCGAUUACCGAUCGGACACCUUUGUUACUCUCGAGCUACAAGAAAUUUCGUGAAGGGUCUUAACGUACGGCGUCAAUGAAACCCAUUUUGUCGCAGCGUUAAAACCGGCCAUAUCGAAAAUUACUCAGUCCGUGCUGUUUUCCCAAGUAAAUUACUUGAAAAAUACAUAGAUUUAAGAAUAGAUGCAGCCUAUAAAAGGUUCUGCACCUGCAUCAGCCAGGCGAACGAACGAAAUUGUAAUGGCUGUUUCCGUGUAAUGUUAUACGACUUUUAGCUAUAGUGUGACAGUCAAUUUUAACGCCUGUGAGGCGCCAUUCAAUCCUAGUCUCGAACUGAAGUCUUAAGUUUGUGCUCAUCCAAAGUCAUAUGUUUUACGAAACUCAGUUGAGCAUAUUAAACGAAGUAAAUCUGACACUAAAAUCUUACUUAGUAAAUUUUUUACUUAGUAAAAAAAAAAAAAAAAGGAAAAACUCAUCAUUCUAUAUUCUAUUCAGUAACAAUCCUGUCGUAGUUUAUGUACUCAAAGACAUUUACUCAGAAACAAAAUAAGGUAAGGGCAGAAAUGAGGAAUGAAGGUUCCCUUUAAAGAGUUCAGAUGAGAACGCCAGCUUAAAAGUACUUCCCCUAGUUUAUGCUGUGCAUAAUUAAAGGAAAAUGCAGGCUCCGUCCAAUAUCACUCCGCCAGAUCAGUCCUAAUGACGCUAUGUAAUCGAAGUAAGCAAGUGCUGGCCCUGGAAACAAUCUUCACAAUCUACUUGAGCCUUCCUUGAGUGAAUAAUUAAGCCUGGUUUAGAUUUAGAAAACAAAGUAACGUUCGCCUUUUCUUCCAGUAUGGCAACUUGUUUUCAGCGUUGUUUUAUCAUUUAUAGCUGUAACGACGUUAGUGAUCAUUUUUCUAAGUAAAGUUUAGUUUAAAAAGUAUCAUUUGGUGGUGGAAAUUUUAUCCAAAUUUUAUUCAUGUAUUAGUUUAGGGGAUUAUCAGGUAACAUAAAAACUGUUCCAAUUAUUUUAGAUAGAUGUCAGUUGAUUGUCCAGUCUGAUCGUUCGGAUGAGAGUAGCACUGAAAAGGGUAUCUUGUUCUGACAGUGAAUGACACACGACAAUCCAAGUGGAAUACUCUGAUGAUGACUUUCCCUCGGGUUGUCUAAACAGUAGUCACUUAUACCGAUAACAGACCUUUUCAGGACUAGGAGAGGGUUAGGUUGGAAGGUUUAUUACCUCCGUGGUUGAUAAAUUUGACGAAGAACUCACGCUCGAAAAGUCAACUCCAGAAACUCUUUAUAGUGGCCAUUUUCCGUUGUCAACCCAGCUGAUAAAAUCAAGUCAUCACGGUUUAUUUAGAAAUUUACCCCCUUUUCAGGACUACUCUCACCCGGACGAUCAUACAACGCGACCACCUGUUUUCCCUUGUUUUAAAUCAUUAGCCGGUAAAUACUUAUAUAAGUGAUAAAUUUAUUUAGUUAUUGUUAGUUAUUGAAAACGUUGGAUGUUUCGUUUGUCUCAUUACUGACCAACAUCCUAGGAGAAAAUUCUGUUCAAAUACAGAGUAGUGGUUACCUUUGCCAUAUUGCUAAUUGAGAAAGACACUGUACAAGGUUUGCAUCUGCUGUUAGCUUUGUUAGCUCCUUAUUUAACCAUGUCAGUUGUCAUAAAAUUGUAUCUUGGUGAGACACGGUUCUCGUAAUAAGAGAUUUUUACCUCAAGG